UUUUCUCUUUUGAGUUUAGGAAAUCAAAAGUGGCCAAGGAUGAUUUUUUUUUUCUGAAGAGUCUCUGAGUUAAAGGAGGAUUUGUAAUGAAAAAGAACAUUUGUGCUGGGUGCAGUUAUUUGGAACAAAGGACGGAUAUCGUGUUCAUUUUGAAACAGACAGUCGAAUGCCCCAUCUCUGCAUCUAGUGUCCUAACAUUAGUUUUCUAGAAAAGGUUUUAGUCUUAUUAAUUUUCGUAUGACUUUAGUCAACAGAAGUUAAAAUUCAAUACUACAGUAAAGAAUGCAUUAAUAUUAAUUGCCCACAUUUAAAAAAAUUAAAUAAUAGGAAGCAGGCAGCUAAGAACUAUAGUGUCACAUAAUGCGUUUUACAAAAAAUAAUUUUCUGAUGUUAGUUCUUGGCAUUGUAAUCUAUGUGGUGGAUUUAAUAGUGGAUAUCUGGGUGUCUGUGAAUUUUUUCUAUAAAGGACAGCAUAUUUUAGGUAUUUUAACAAUGAGUUUUAUGCUCAUUGCAGCAGGGGUGGUCCAGUGUUUUAGUUUUAUAUGGUACAAGGAAGAUUUUCAGAAAAUGGGUCAGAAAGGGCCAUAUUGCAGUCUCCUAAUUCAUUGCUUUCAAGGAGGAGUUUUUACAAGGUAUUGGUUUGCUUUGAGAAAUGGAUACCGUUUGGCUUUCCAAUGCAGCAGCUCAGAUGACCUCUCUGGUGGACCUACCUUGACACAAGACCCCACAGACAUCUCUACUCCCAGUAGAGAAGAACCAGCUGACUUACAUCAAAAAGUGAUAAAUGAAGUGGCUGACUUGAGCAUGCUCAGGCUAUUUGAAAUAUACCUUGAGGCCUCUCCACAGCUCUUGAUUCAACUCUAUGACCUGAUGGAAUCUGAUCAAAUUGGCUGCUGUCAGGCUGCUGCUAUCGUGGUCUCUGGCUUUGCUGUUUCUUUGUCAACUCUUGAUUAUCACAUUGCCUUAAGAAAAUCUUUACCUGAUAAAAAACUCCUCAAUGGACGAUGUCCCAGAUUAAUGUACCUCCUAUAUAAGCAAUUUACAUUUGCGUCUUGGAUACUCAGUGUUACUCUUUUCACCCUACUAAAUGUUAAUGUGGGCGUAAUUCUGCCAUUUAUCCUUUGGUUAUUAGGCAUAACAUGGGCUUAUAAACAGCAAACUACAUUUUGUACCUCCAGACAUAUGGAAAUUUUAUACAGAGUAGUUGUUGGGUUCAUUCUCAUUUUUACAUUUUUUAAUGUUAAGGGAGAAAAUACAAAAUCUUCUAUGUCUGCUUAUUAUAUUAUGAGGGUGCUGAUCACAUUGGGGAUCUUGGUUGUGUUUUGGUUUUGCACACCACCUGAUGAAUAUCAAGGCUUCUUUAUAGAUAUCACCAUCAUCAUAGUUGUGGCUCUUCUGCUUGGAAUUCUUUUUCUAAUUGUUUAUUACACUUCAUUUCACCCAAGCAGAAGAGAAGAAAAGAAAAUAUUUGAUGAAGUAGAUGGAAAGACACCACCAAGAGCCUGUAGAAUAAGAAAUUUCCUAAUGCAGUAACUAUAUUCAGUUAUCCAUUUUUGGAAUGUGUUUUCAAUAGUUUGUAUUUCAGGGUUUUCAGGAAUUUCAAGUGAUUGGAAUUAACCAUGCUUUGUUUCACUUUGAGAAUUAUGAGAAGUAAUAGUAAUGUCCUAGUGUAAAUAGCCAUUUGGAGAAAGGGUUUAUCACUGGGAAGUGUGGGGAAAAUAACUUAGUUGCCUCUCUAAGGCAAUUAAAGACAAGUCAUUAUAAAGGACAUACUGCUUAGACAACCCUGUUGGUCUUGUCCUAGAAGAACUUUCCAACAGAAGUGUUUACAGAAACUGGCAUGUUAUCUUUCAAAUUGUUUAUUAUGAGUUUGUAUUUCAUAGUAUGUGAAGCUAAUAAACGUGAAGUAAUGAAAA